ACAGCCCCGCUGGUCGGCGCAGGGCGAGGACCAUGCUUCCUCUGUUAAAUAUUUAGACGAUGAUAGAGAACUUCGCUCGCUCCCAGCUGGGACCAGAGACAUAAAGACAACACUGCGGGCAAGCAGCUCCCAGUAGCAGCUCAGCCUGAGGUCCGGCGCACAGCUGCACCCGAGGAGUAGACUCGCUGCAGUCUCUCUGGUCUGGGACGUCCCGGGAGAAGAAACAGGGGCUUCACUUUCAACGGACGUCCAGUUCCCAAAGACCCCCGACGGCAGAUCCAGUUGCCCAGAUGACAUCUCUCAACUUCAGCACGGCUGACAGCCCCAUCAAUUCCACCUCCUGCCCUGAAGGCAUCUUCCUGGAUUGGAUCUACACCUUCCUGCCUGCCUACAUCAUGGUGGUGUGCGUGUUCGGCCUGGUGGGGAACACCUUUGUGCUGCUCGUCCUGUGCCUGCACCGGAGCCACCGUACUGUGCCCGACAUCUACCUGGGCAGCCUGGCCGGUGCCGACCUCCUGCUGCUGGCCUGCCUUCCCUUCUGGGCCGUCAACAUCGCCCAGCGAUUCUCCUGGCCCUUUGGGGAGCUCUUGUGCCGCUGUGUCAACCUUGCCAUCUACAUGAAUCUGUGCAGCAGCAUCUACUUCCUGGUGAUGGUCAGCAUCGACCGGUACCUCGCCCUGGUGAAGGUCCUCAACCCCGGCCGGAUACGCACGGUCUCCUGCGCCAAGAUCAACUGCUGCCUGAUCUGGCUCUUCAGCCUGGCGAUGAGUAGUCCUGCCUUCAUAUUCCGCCAGGUCACCUUCGUGCCGGAGGUGAACAUCUCCGCCUGCCUGCUCCAGUACCCUCACCCGAGUUGGCAGCUCAAGAUGGACAUCACCUUCAUCGUCAUCAUUUUCCUGAUCCCCGACAUCAUCCUGUUCUUCUGCACCACCAAGAUCCUCCGCGUGCUCCGGAACGACCGACUGCAGCUCUUCAAGCGGGUGCGCAAGGAGAGCAGGGCGGUGCGCCUGAUCCUUGUGGUCCUGCUGGCCUUCCUCGUCUGCUGGGUGCCCUUUCAGCUCUUCCGGGUGCUCCACCUCUUCUACCAGGUGGGGCUGUUGACGGGCUGCCCCUGGCAGAGGGUCCUGAGCAACGGCAACCAGCUCGUCACCUUCCUCGGCUGCACCAACAGCUGCGUCAACCCUGUCCUCUAUGUCAUGGUGGGGAAGCAGUUCAGGACCAAAGCUAGGGAGCUCUACGACCAAUCGGUGGCCAGGAGGAAGUCGGCGCUGACCCUCAGGGACUCCCCGGUGACUCACAACACCUCCAUCUCCAGUCUGGAGAGGGUGGGACACUGAGGUGGGCGGUGGGGCGGGGGCGUGCGGGCAAUGGCGGAAGAUCCUCUCCUUCCCUGAUCUGCAUGGACCCCUCUUAAUGACCUUCCUUGCCUUGUGCGUCCUCUCUGAUGAUAGGAAGUCCUGUCAGUUACGUGUACAAGAAAAUAGGACCAGGAAUAGGCCAUUCAGCCCCUCAAACCUGCUCCACCAGUGAUCCAACCUUCAUGAGCCUUCCAGCGAUUCACCGCCCUCUGCAAGAAGAAAUUUCGUCGUGCUUUGGUCUUAAAUGGGACUGGCUUAGGUGGGCGUCUUGGACAGCACGAACCAUUUGGGCCAAAUGGCCUGUUUCUGUGAUGUAUUGUUCUAUGACUCUAAAUGACUGGCCCUUUAUUUUGAAACCAUGUCCCCUUGUCUGACAUUGUCCCACUCGUCGAAACACCUAAAUAUCAAUGCCCCCCUCAGGAUCUUGUACAUGUUAAGAUCACCCCUUAUUUUCUGAGCUACAGGGACCUGUUCAAGCCUCCCUUGAUAGGACAAUCCUCUCCUCUCGGCAAUGAUACUGAUGAGUCUCCCUUGGAUUGCCUCUCUUGAUUUCUCUUGUCUGGUGUCCUUGGGACCUGAACUAGCGUCAAACCACAGAAGAUCCAGACCAUAGAACUUGUCCUGUUCAUCUUCCACUGAGCAGGAGAACUGUUCUUUUUAACUGUAGACACUCGGCAGGUAAUGUAAGGGUUCUGAGAACUGUCCGUAACCCAAAGGUUCAGUAAGUUGGAAACGCUGGGAAAUUGGUUUAUUAUUGUCACGUGUACCGAGGUACAGUGUAAAACUUUGUUUUGCAUGCCAUCGAUCAGAUCAUUUCAUCACAUCAGUGCAUCGAGGUAGUGCAAGGGAAAAGCAAUAACAGAAUGCAGAAUAAAGUGUUACAGUUACAGAGAAAGUGCAGUGCAGGCAGACAAUAAGGUGCAAGGUCAUAACGAGGUAGAUUGUGAGGUCAAGAAUCCAUCUGAUCGUACAAGAGGUCUGUUCAAUAGUCUUAUAACAGCGGCUGUUGGCUGAGGUUGCAAGGAAGAUUCAUCAACCACAACUGCUCAAAUUCACGUAGCGCCCCUAAGGUGGAGUUUGUUCCCAAGGGGGAGCAAAGGCUGUUAUUAGAUACCCGGAUGACACAAAGGUUGGUGGUGUUGGGAUGGGAAGGAAGGCAAGUGAGAGGAUUUGCCUUUUGUGAAGCCAAACGGGUAGGACGUGUACAGUAAAUGGUGGGGCACGAAGGAACGUUGAUGAACAGGGAUACCUUGGGGUUCAAGUUUAUGUUCCCUGAAGGUGGCAACACAGGUAGGUAGGGUGGUGAAGAAGACGCAUGGCAUGCUUGCCUUCAUAGGUUGAGGCAUAGAAUGUAAAAUUUGGGACUUUAUGUUGCAACUUUCCAAAACACUUGGUAAAUUGGUGAACUGGCUGGAGUACUGUGGGCAGUUCUGGUCGCCACACUAUAGGAAGGGUGUGCUUGCACUGGAGAGAGUGCAGAGGAGACAUGAUGUUGCUUGGUUUGGAGGACUUUAGUUUGGAUAGGUAGGGCUUGUUUUCCCUGGGGUAAAGGAGGCUGGAUAGCGACCUGCCAAAAGGGUAUGAGAUUAUUAGGGGCAUAGAUCAGGUAGGUAGUGUGUGGGAUUAACCGGGGCAGUCAGCAUCUUUUCACUGUGGUAGUGGUUCCAAAAACCAGAGGGCAGAGGUUUAAGGUGAGAGGAAGGACUUUUAAAGGGAAUCUGAGGGGAAAGAGAGCGGUUGAUAUCUGGAACUCGCUGCCAGUGGAGGUGAUGGAGUCAGAUAUAAAUCUCUGGGUUUAAGAGACAUUUAGACAGGCAUGUGAAUUGGGCAUGGAAUUGAUUAGUAUAGAUGGACAAAAAGACCAGCAUGGAUGUGAUGGGCUGAAGGGCCUUUUCUGUGCUGUAUGACUCUGUAACUCUAGGUCCCUGAAGCUGUGAGGCACACAGAAUAUUAUAUCUCCACACUACCCAGGUCAGUGGCUGUAGAAGGAGAGUGAGUAACCGGGGAGAACCAAUUCAUUGACUCACAGAAUGAGAGGCUGCCCCAGUUUAUCCCACACGCUCUGCCCUUCCCUCCAAAGGUUUCAAAAAUAUAGAAAGAGCGACUGACCCAGAAAGCACAAGGAUGUAGACUCAGAGCAAGAAGAAACGAGGCGACUGAGGACCCAGGGGUCACUGUGGCAGGGAUAGGUACAGAGAAUGUUGAAAGCACUCCGCAGGUCAGACGGCAGUUCGGGUACAAAGGCAGCAUCGUGAGGAAGCUGGAUAAGGUCUGAGAAUAAUACUGUUAAAUGCAGCCAAUACAUCGGAAAUCUGUGUAGACACGACCACAGAACCUAACGUCGACCUGUGUUUAAUAUCCGGGAGGAUUUACGAUUUGACUUUGCAAGGAGAUACCAGGACAAGAAACAGACUUUUGAACAGCAUUGUGAAAUGGGACUGAGAGGGUAUCCCAGAGUUUGGGAUGGUGGCAACUGCCGGUGAUCGACCAAAGGAAAUCAUUGCUGGUCAAGAGGUCCAUCGUAGAAACACCGGCAUAACAGUAAGAUGGCUCUGAUAACCACAUAAUGUUACACCUGACCUGUCAGCGUUGAGUUGAUGUAAAGCACUUAAAUUAUGUAGUAACAAAGCAAAUGGAAUGUGCAUCGGGUAACUCUCACAAUGAUAUUACUUAUGUUAAUAUAAACGUGGUAAUUAAAUUAA